GGACACGGGGUUGAAGUUAAAAAUACCGGACACGCAGUGCAAAUAGUUUCUGUGGAAGAGCGUAAUGAUAAAACGUCGUUUACACUUGAUGAGAAAGCUUUGUCUAAAAUCCUCCUCCGUCCAGAAAUUAGAGAUAAAAAAGCUGUUGUCAUCUCCGUUGCCGGAGCCUUCCGUCAGGGAAAGUCGUUCUUACUGGACUUUUUCCUAAAAUAUCUUCGGUCUGCUGAUAAUGAUAAUUGGCUUGGGGAUCCCAAUUUGCCUCUCGAGGGCUUUCCUUGGCGCGGAGGCUCCGAACGAUACACGACAGGUAUACUCCUUUGGAGUGAACCUUUCCUCUUUACCCUUCCGUCAGGAGAGGAAGUGGCUGUAUUAUUGAUGGACACGCAGGGAUCGUUUGACAGCACGUCUACCGUACGACAGUGUGCGACUGUGUUUGCUCUGAGUACCAUGCUCAGCAGCCUUCAGGUUUAUAACAUACACGGUAAUAUACAAGAAGACCACCUGCAACACCUUCACUUAUUUACUGAAUAUGGGCGGCUUGCUAUGGAAUCAGAAACUGCGGACACUCCAUUUCAGGUAUGUAGCGAAUCUUGCGUCCCAAUUCCCCUAGGUGUCUUCUUACCUCUGCCAACCCAAACCGAUGUCAAAAAAGUGACGAACCUCUUGAUGACAUUGAGGUCAGCGUAUUACAAACUCCUAUCUAAUUUUUUCCGCAAUAAUCACUGUUUACUACCUCCCGACAUCGUAGUCCUCGGUAUUGAUGACUUGGUGCAAAACUAUGAAAAUUUUCUUGGCAGCUUUGUGUUUGACUUCUAA